UCCGAGCGCGUUUAGAGGAGACAGAACGCGCGAUGCAACGCAUCGUUGGACAACUAGCCGAGCGGGAUGCGUUGUCACGGCCAUAUCUGGCCUGGUAGCGGAGGUGCAACAACAGAUGGAGGCGAGCCAGCAGCGACAGGAAUCCCAAGAUAGCCAUCGCCCCUACACAAAUGGAACUGUCCUCUUAAAUUCUGGCCCUGUACACAUUGUGACCAGUGAAUAUCAAGAAAAAGCGAAGGAAGAAAUUUCUGCGCUACAGAAGGCUAAAAAUGUAUUAGAACGUAAGGAGAACACAGACGACACUAACGAGUCAAUAAAAAAUCAAGAACUCACACAAAAUGACCUCACUCCUAUACAAGAAGAAACACCCGUACAGAUAAAUCAAUCCAACACAAUCUUGUGUAAUGAUCACACAGAUGUUACAAUACUGGACGAACCUUCCAUUCAGACAGACUCCCAACAAACAUCUGAAUUGCACAUUUCAUCAUAUGAAACCCCUAGACCUGAAGAAAUUAGUAGCUUUGAAAAUAAACAGGAUCGCAUAGAAAACCAUUCAGAUUCAUCCCAAAUUCCAAUUGAUCCUUCUUUAGAAAAUAUUAAGCCCUCACAAUUAUUAGAAGAGUCUGUACAGGAUUUAGCAGACCGAGUCAAAGAAAUUUCUCCUGAAGCUGGUAAGUUUGAGCAGGGUCCUACAGACGACUUCUCUGAUUCUGAUCUCAAUCAAUCUUUCAUAGUGGAAGAAAAAGAAAGUCAAUUUGUGGCCCCUUCUCCUCCAAUAGAAUUAACUGAAAGUCCUGUAGAUCCCUCAAUAGUUGUAGAUAGAGAACAAACAAAUCAACAAAGCGAACAAAAUGUUACACAAAAAGCUAAACCAGAACAAACAGCUGAUACUUCUCUUGAACGCGACGAAGUAUUCACAGAACUGCAAGAAAGUCACACUGAAUCAACACUUUCAGAAACAGAGUCUCUCCAAGCAUCACACAAACAACAGCCAACCGACACAUUCAUAACGCAGAUAUCUGUUGAUGAUUUACCAGAGUUAAUAGACCUACAAUCGGAAGAUUUAGAUAUUAAAGCAGAGCAAAGGGAAUCCUCUAUGGAACGAGAGAAACCUAGCUCUGGCUUGGAUUAUGAGGACAUACAAUCGGAAGAUUUAGAUAUUAAAACAGAGCAUAGGGAAUCCUCUAUGGAACGAGAGAAACCUAUCUCUGGAUUGGAUUAUGACUUAAUAGAAAAUUUUGCAGUCGAUUCAAAAGAGUCACCUCCAGUCCCAAUAUAUGAUACAACACAAUCAAAAGAAUAUACACAAGAACUUAUUGAAUCUCUUUCAGAUAAACAAAUGAAUGAUAUGGAUGAACCUGUACAUACAUUGGACGAAAUUAAAGCAGAUUCAGAUAAUAAGAAAAGAUCUUCGGAUGAAAAUUUCCUAGAAGAAUCUAAGGAAUUUAAAUCUGAGAAUUCAGACGAAGAAGUUAUAAAUGAAGAUAAUAUAACUGCAAUGAAUAGUUUACUAAAACCUGAGUCCUUAACAAAGUCAAGUGAUGAUUUCUUAAAGCAGGAGAAAGAGAGUUGUGACAAAGAGGGACCAACAACUCCUGAGUUACUAGCUGAAGCAAUGAAGGAAGAUUCGCCGAAAGAGGAGGCUAUAGAUAGUGAUAGCUCAAGUGUUAAAGUUCUGGGCAUGGAGAUGACGGCUCACCCGGCAGACGGCAGCGCUUGGCCGCGUACUCAGCCAUCUUUGGCGCCUACACCACCUGCCGCGCCACAUAAAGAGAUCCACAAAGCUGAGGACGUAAAGUCUAUUUACUUGGAGACUGAAAUCCCGCAGCAGUCGCGCGUGCUCGUCGCAGAAUUCGCUGAGGAUUCCGGGAACUUCAAGCCCACCAGGAGUUCUCCGUUGGUGGUGAGCGGGAAAAUGACGUUGUCUCUGAUACAAGACGUGCCGCGUGACACUCCCGAACGGGAACUGGAGUCGACAUUUGAUGAGUUUACGACGGCCAGUGCUGUCACACAGCCAGCAGCUCAGGAGUCUGAUGAAGAUUUAGAGGAAGAAAUAGAGGUUGAAGAGAUUGAAGAAGAAAUCGAAGAAGAUGAAGAGACAGAUGAGGAUGAAGAAGAUGUUAAAAAUACUCGGAAGUGAUCUGAUAAUUUUAAUAUGCUAAGGUUUUCACAUUAAGAUCAAUCUUGGCCAUAAUAUUGAAUCUCAAUUAAUUUAAAAAGUGGCAAAGCAUAUUAUGAUUCUUUGCCAAACAAAAUAUUUAAAUAAACUUGCAUUUGCACUGCAAAAAUCUUAUCAUAUAGUUUUGUAAAUUUUUUAACGAAUGUUUUUCUAUUUAAAAAUAUUUUAAAUAAAAAAUCCAAGUUCAAAAUUAUUUCAUUGCUUUUAAAUUUUAAAGUGUUAAAAACUACUAUAACGAUUUUUAACAUGGCAUCAUCCUUUUAAAAGUAAUAGAUAAAAAUCUAUGUUUAUGGUUCAUAGAUAUUUAUUUGUACACAAACGCUUUCUUCUUGUAUCUUAUAUAUUUAAAUUUGUGUUCAUUUUAGUGCCAAAUAUUCUUCCAUGUUUUACAAUAAUUCUUAUAUUGACAUGUUUUUCAUAUAUCAGUAUUUAUACCAUAUUGUAUUAAGUUCUUUAUUGAUAGUAAAUCUUUCUUGAUUGCCUGUACUGUGUCAAUCUGCAAUAUUUGAUUGUAGUGAUAAAACUGUAUAGGUCUUACAAAUAAACUUGGUAUAAAGUUAUACCUAAGAAUAAACCAAGAAUAUGAAAAAUGUUGAGUAUAUCGCUGACAACACUGUCAAUACAAUGAUACUUCUUUGGCCUAUGGACUUGCAUCCCAUGCCACUAAAUAAAUUUAAAAAAAAAAUCUAAAUUUUUCCGAAUGUCAAACAGCCUAGUUGUUUGUAAACAUUUUGCAUAUUCUUGGUUUAUUAUCAGUUAUAACUCUAUACCAAGUUUAUUUGUAAGGCUGUUAAUGUUUAAAUUGUUCCUGUUUGUUGAUGUUUCGGAUUUUUCCAAAACUUGAUAAGUAAAAAAAUGUGUGAAUCAAAAUUAUGCAUUUAUUCUUUUCCCAUGCAACUUAUAUUUCUACAAAAUUUAACUUAGUUCUUUGUUGUAUGAAACAACCACGAUUCUUCAGAAAUAUCAUGAGUUUGUCGUGGCCCAAACAACACAGAAACUAUACUGAUUUCAUAUUUUGAAUAAGUAGCAGAAAGUUAAAUAGAUAUUAAAUUCCAACCCAAAUAUAUGUUUUAACAUUCUUAAUUUAAGAAAAAAUUAUUUGUUAACAUAAUACGCUUUUAUUAUUUGUAUAGUUUUAACAUAAUAUCUGAAGUAUUAUAUGAGGGGAAAUAAUUGUAUUUAACAUUCCUUCCUCAUUUUUUAAUAUUGCGGAGAUCAGCAAACUAAAUAAGUUUAUAUUUUGCAUAGUUUGCUUGUGAUUUUUGCUUACCUAGUUUAAAAUAAAUAUCUGUGUUUUAAGCUAUGUGAUUUUUAUUUCAGUUACAGAAUGCAAAAAUUAAUAACUAAUUUAAUUUUAAUAAAUACCUCCAAAUUA